UUCUAGUACAGAAUGAGGACGGUGAAGUGUCGGGUAAGAAGUCUAGGUCAAGGUCAAAGGAAUAUAUGUCUGGGAUCUGAACAUCUCUGUCAAACACAUGGGGCAAUUUUUUGUAUGGAUAACAGUGGUGGUAUGGUUAGUGGCUCUGUGCUCGUGCGCCAACGAAGGCGCGAGCAUCAUGUCGGACGAUGUCGUCGUAAUAGAUAAAAAGUUAUUUGUAGGGGGUGAGGAGUUUUGGAUCAAAGGAAUGGCGUAUCAUCCGGCGCCACUGGGCCUGUCUUCGAUGCAGGAAGAUGGGACAGGAGGAGCGGGGUUGUGUUCGCCGAAGAAGACGCCGUGGGAGGAGUGGAUGUCCGCUUGUUUCGACUCUGAUUUUUUCGAUGGAAGUGGUGACGAUCCCGAAAGAUAUCCGCCAGGGCCGGAGUCUUGGUUCCAGGAGGUGUGGGAGAGGGAUUUUCCGAUUUUGAAGGAGUUGGGCGUGAACACAUUGCGCAUUUACAGUGUGAAUCCGACGACUAGAGAGGCAUCGAUUAAGUUGCUAAGCCAGAAUUGGAAUAAAAUUCGCGUGCCAUUUGGAAAGGAGCACCGAAAGUUUUUGGACCUUGCGGAGAAGUUUGGGUUCAAGGUGAUGUUCCCGUUAGUUUCAGAUGAGGCGGCGCUCACGUUGGACUCAGAGGAAAUUUUGGAUCAGAAAUUGCGCAACUUGAUAGACGAAGUUGGGGACCACCCGGCGGUGAUCAUGUGGGUCAUCGGGAACGAGCUCGAUUUGCAUACGGAAAAGAAGAGUAAUCUAAGGGAGAAAAUAAACGCGAAGAUGACUAUGGUGAGAGAGUAUAUGAAAAAGAAAUGGAACAGAAAGAUUCCAGUGACGAGUUGCGUGACAGAUUUUCCGGAGUCUUACGAAUAUUUGGCCCACAACCUAAAUGUAGAUUUGUUCUGCGCGAAUGCAGGAUACCGUGGAACGUCUUACACUGAGUUAUGGGAGCCGAAAGCGAAAAACAAUUUCAUUGGAUGGAAGGCCUUGUCUGAGAAGACCAAGCUGCCCUUGUUGAUUGGCGAGCUUGGAUGGUUAUCUGUCAACAAUUCGAUAAAUUACGAGAUUCCGAAUUGGUUCAACUUGGCCUACGCCGAAGUUUUGAAAAAUUACGACAAUGGGUGCAUCGGUAUCACAUUUUUCGAGUACAAUGACGAGCCCUACAAGAAAUCGGGCAAAGACCAGACUCAGCUUGGUGUCGUUUCAUUUGUACCCUAUGUCGAUUCAACUACAGGAAAAUCGAGUGCGACGACGGUGGAUUUUUUUAGAGCCGACAUUGCUGUCAAAAAGCCAAUCAUUUAUAACGCCGUUGCCUUUGGAUCUGGUGUGAACAUGAACACAAACGUUUGGAAUUAUCUUGGCAAGAGUCCUGCGAAGAUUGUGACCCAGGCUAGGCCUCCGUAUUCGCGGGGAGAUCUUGCUUCUACUUCUACCGAGGUGCCUGUAUCCGCUGAGGUGGUCACUGCUGCGCCUCUUACUGGUCUUACACGAGCUAGCAACUACGGUGUUUCGCGGUCGCCAUUUUGGGUGUUGUUUGCCGCUUUCGCGGCCUUCGCUGACUUGUUUUGUUGGUAAGUCUGGUUUGCCGUAGAAAGCAUGACCCGUUAUUCUUUGUGGUUACUGAAGCGUGUAAGUCUUUUAACGGGUUCUGUAAUAAAAAGCAGCGCUUUUUUUUUUUGUGUA